AUGAGCAAAGUGAGUGAACCGAUUUCCGUUACUGAUGCGUCUGAAGACGUAGAGGUUCAAGCAGAGAUUUCAAUACCUAAGACAGACGACGAAACUACAAAUGAGACCAACAAGGCCGAAAACGAUUCGAAACCGGAAAAUCAAGGGGCCGAGAAUGUUCGAGACUUCGAUUCGGCUGAAAACUUGCCGGAGACUACUAUCUUACAGGACGAUAUUGAUACUCCUGCUGAAAAGGAUACACACAGCGUAGUAGAGCCAGAAGCUGAGCCCUUACCCGAAACAGCCGCCAUUCUCCAAUCAACGGAAAUCAAGGAACAGCACAACGUCGGAAUUUCGUCGCAAUCAUCCAUUGAAAGCGAUUCAGCACUGGGGAAGCUGACAGAGGCUCUGAAACAGGAAGAAUUCAAACUCGAGCGUGAAAUCAUCCAUAUUGAAGAAAAAAGUGAGACCUCUCAUAGUUCUCAUACCGCCGGUGCCGAUCACAAACCUGCAUUGCCACCUAGACACGAGGAAGCGCACCAUGAAGAAGCACAAGAAAGAGUUCAUGCCGUGCCACCACCCCUUCAAGAAGAGAUGAAAUCAGAAGAAUUUAGAAAAAGAGUAGCAUUGACCCAUGCUAAUGUGACACCGCCAAGUUUACCACCUCGGGCUUCACACCAGCGUUCGGAAAGUGCCGAUUUCGAUCUCAUAUUAAAUCGGUUCCAGGAAAACUUAACAAGCAGUGCGCUCAAGGCCAAAUCGGGGAGAGGAGGUUUCGAAGCCGGCGCUAAUUUGUUAAGAACAAGUUUUACGCAGUUCUUACAAAAUCGGGGCGAACAGAAAGAAAUUCCUUCUGAGGAUGAAGAAUUAGAAGAACUGACAGUCAUCGACUGGCCUUUCUGGACCAAAGUCGUCAACGACUACGCGACUGUUGCCAAGAAUGAGUCCGAGGAAUUGGAAAAACACGUUUCAGCUGGGAUUCCCCCACAAGUAAGAGGCAUAAUAUGGCAAUUAAUGGCAAAUUCAAAAUCCAAGGAAAUCGAAGAAGUAUAUGCAUCAUUAGUGGGUGAACAUUCUAGCCAUGAAAGUGCCAUCAAAAGAGAUCUUUCAAGAACUAAAUUCAUUCCACCAGACAAGAUGGACUCAUUGUUCAAUGUUACGAAAGUUUAUUCCCUUUACGAUUCUGAAGUCGGGUACAUACAAGGCAUGGCAUUCAUUGUUACACCUCUACUUCUUAAUUGUGAGUCAGAUUCAGAAGCCUUCGGUCUUUUCGUUGCGUUAAUGGAAAAAUAUGGUCUCAGAGAGCUUUUCCUUCCGGACAUGCCUGGUCUCCACCUCAAACUUUAUCAGUUUGAAAGACUUUUGGAGGAGCAUUCACCAGGAUUAUACAAUCAUUUGGCAAGACAGGGUAUUCGCUCUUCCAUGUACGCCUCUCAAUGGUUUUUGACCUUUUUUGCGUAUAAGUUUCCUCUUGGGUUCGUUCUAAGGAUUUACGACAUCUUCAUGGCCGAAGGAAUGGAAUCUCUCCUGAAAUUUUCCGUCGUCUUGAUGUUGAAAAACGAAGGAGCUCUUAUCCAGUUGCAUUUCGAUGAAUUGCUAGAGUUCCUGAAAAAUGAGCUGUUCAUGUAUUACUCUAAGGAGCAGAUUCGCGAGAGAAAUUCCUCGGAGGGUCUUUCAAAAGGGGUGGGGAAUUCGUCUACUAGUCUUCUCAAGACUGUCUCAAAUAGCAGCGAUAAGAAACGGGCCCCGGUGAUCAAUGAUCAGGACUACGAUUUCAAUGCAUUUGUGCAAGACGCCAUGGCGGACAUGAAGCUCACACCCCUCACCUUGAGAAGGUAUGUCAACGAAUAUCAUGAAAUUCAUCAACUUGAGACUCAAAAGGAGGCCCAAUUCGAAUCACUGAGAAUCAGAAACAAGCAAUUGCAAGUACAGAUUCGAAAGCUGGAAACAGAUUAUGGAUUACUCUCGCGCGAGCAUGUCACCAUUGCUAAUGAACUCAUUGCUAACCGCUUAAAAAUGGAGACUCUGCAGGAUGAAAAUAAUGACCUCCGCGGCGAAGUUACACAAUGGAAAAAACAGCUGACUGCAGAGAUAAACAAACAAACGUUACCGAAUCCCGAUGCUUCUCUCCCCUCUGAUAUACGUGCUGAUAUUGAUAAGACAAUGGCUAGGAAUCUUGAAGUCAUGAAUGAAAACCAAGAACUGCAGGAAAAAAUCGAGUUCCUCGAGAAGGAAAACCGAACCCUCAAGAAUCGCUCAUCACCAAAGACAAAUUUCCCGCCUGCAUUCAACGGUCUGAAAAGAGUAUGGAAAUAA